GAACUCCAAUUGGUUGCGCCUGUGCCCCAUGGAUACUUUUACUGGUGUUUCAAACUAAUUCACGUACGCGGUGUGAUGAACACCAUCUUUCACGAAAGGCAAGAGGGCUCAUUAUGUGCCCAACAUUGCCUGAAUGCUUUGCUCCAAGGGCCCUAUUUCAACGCCGUCGAUCUGGCUGAACUUGCUGCUCAACUUGAUCAAGAAGAGAGUGAUCAGCUAGGUCACGUGAACAACUCUCGUACAUCUCAUAACAUGAACGAGGAAGGUUAUUUCUCCGUCCAGGUUAUCAGCAAGGCGUUGUCAAUCUGGUCACUUGAGCUGGUGCCAUUUCUGCGAAAGAGUCCCGAAGCGGAUGCGGCGCGGGCUCAUCCCGAGAAUCAGCAAGCGUUUGUUUGCAAUUUCCAAAGUCACUGGUUCACUAUCCGACGUUUUGGUCCUCAUUGGUUCAACUUAGACUCCACGCUGUCCAAACCUGGACUCAUCUCACCUACCUACCUCACAAUCUACCUUGCACAAUUGCAACAAGAAGGUCACUCGAUUUUCUUUGUCUCCGGUCCUCUACCAUCUUGUGAAGCGGAAAGGUUGUUAUCACUCUCUCCACUACCGGAGGAAUUCUCGCACCCAACUGCGUCAGCUUCCGGCAGGUCUCGCAUCGCGGGCUACGACAACGGCGUUGAUGACAUAGAUGAUGAACAAGUCCAACUGGCCAUGGCAGUGUGUCAAGCAGAAAUGGACCAAGAGAACUUGUCCUUACAACGUAUCCUGCAGAUUUCUCAACUGGAAGCUCAAGAGCAUGAUUUCCAAAAGGCACUUGAGUUGUCAACCACGGAACAUUUUUCAUUUUCAGAGAAUGAUGCACUCGAAGAGGCUAUUCGACUCAGUCUAUCUCCAGACGCUGUUCCGUCCAGUUCAUCCGCGUCCGCCGUAGCCAUUCCAACCUCAGAAGAAAUUCGGAACAAGCGUCAAAUGUUUUUAGAUCGACUUACUGGAGCACCGCACCAAAUUUAAAGUGCUUAUUUUUUGCCCCAACCCUCUUACUGUGAUACCUCUAGCUGACAGAGCUAUCUUAUAUGAGCCCAUUGGAUCUCGUUCAUUGUUUUCUUUUAUUGCAGAUCUUAUACCUACGAGAGCAAUAUUCAUCCAACAAAUAACUGUAUGAUAA